CACUCCCUCGCAGUGAACUCAACUGCUCGGAAAACACGUAAGCACCGCGACUGAGUAUUCACCUUUCUCAUACAUUUACAUUGAAACGAUGAAAGAUUUAACUUCAAACCAAUCUCCAUGCUCUAAGCUCUCUAUGGACGAGAUACUUGAAUUGGAACGAAUAUACAAUGACGUGGGAGAAAAAUCACUUGAUCACAAUUUCUGCAAGGAUAUUGCUACAAAUUUUAGCUCUUCAUCAAACAGUGUUGGUAAAAAUUCUUUAUCAUGGGAACAGGUGCAGCAGUGGUUCCAAAAUAAACAUAGAGAGUCAAAGGGUCAGUUUGCUUCAUCACCUGAGGGGCUGAACCUAUUUGUUGAUCUUUCGGAAAAAUCUUCCAUAAAGGGACAUAAAAGCUCUCCGAAACCAAAAGGUAUUCAAGCUGCAGAUCUGUCGGAAAUGGCAUUUGAAGCAAUAUCUAUAAAAGACAAUGCAUGGCACGACGUUGCAAUGUUUAUGAACUAUAGAGUGCUGUGCACAGGCGAACUUGAAGUUCGUGUACGCUAUCAUGGAUUCAGUAAGGAUGAAGAUGAAUGGAUUAACGUGAAAGAUGGGGUGCGGCAAAGAUCCAUCCCAUUGGAAGCUUCGGAGUGUCACAAGGUGCAGGAAGGACAUCUUGUACUAUGUUUCUUGGAAAAAUCUGAUUAUGCCCUUUAUUGUGAUGCUUGUGUUUUAAAAAUCGAGAGGAGGGUACAUGAUAGCAAAGAGUGUAGCUGCAUCUUCACUGUCCGGUUUUACCAUGACAAGUCUGAGGAAGAAGUUCGUUGGGACGGUAUAUGCUGUAGGCCAACACAAGAAGAAGCUGAGGCCCCCUUAGAAGCUUUCCUGAACCCCAUAGAGACCUUGUGGGGAUAGAAAGUUACAAAUUUUGAUUCGUAUCAAUGCCGUUUGGAUAGAUUUGACUUUUAAAGAGUGUUAUGAACAAGUGUUAGGUUUUUUUAUAAUUUUAAGCAUUAGUCUACAGUAGAUCCCUCCAUAGAGUAUAAUAUAUAUACUCGGUAGAGUAUAAUCUAUUUACUCUGACAAGGUGUAAUUGGAUUAUGUAUAUACACGGCGAAAACCCACUUGUGUAUGCUCUAAGGCCUUAUUUAACUUUUUUUCA